GGACUUGAUGCCGUUGACAGAGAAACAACGAUGGAUUCUUGGGGGAACCUUGGUUUUUGGUGCACUUGCGGUGUACGUCCAAUCAUCCAAAAACCCGCUGGUGAAACCGAAGCCUGUGAUUUGGCCUCCUCAGUCGGCCACAAAAAAUAGGAUUCUCCUUCCUGUGAGAAAUAGGUCUGAACUACAGCCAAUAGUGGCCUUGCACUCUCCUUUGCUGAUGAAUUUUGUCUUCAGGGGGGAUACCGCGUCGAACAAGCAGACAGGGGCUCUGCAGAGAAUUUUGGCCUACGACAUCGACGACAGCAAGCUUGUCAGUAUGGUUGAUGUGGAGUGCGACGAGCCGGGAAACAAGGGCCUGCUACUUGACUACCAGGUUACCAAAAUUCCGUCCAUCGUGUGCUUGAGAAACCAGAUUGCCCAAGGAACAUUUGUGGACGAGAAGCUUAUCGAAAAUCCCGAAGGGGAGGUGGAUUACGAGAGACUUAAGAAAUGGGUCGAAUCGCAAGCUGCUGAAAAAUAAUUAUUGCCGAUCCCAAACCUGAAUGACUUGGUCGUAGAAACUACACGUCACCAUGUUGCCUGCAGUCCAGUCACCUCCGUACACCAUGGAAUCGUGAUCCUCCUUGAACUCCUGCUCGACAAUGAUCGUGCCGUCAGCGGACUUGAGCAUUCUGCAACCGGCAUACAUGGCGCAACACAGAACGCGGCCGUCAUUGUGGGGCCCGGGAAUUAGCCUCCACACGCCUCCGCCAAGGUCUUUUCGUAGUAAGACUCUUGGCGGGACCCCGGGAAUCAGAUCACUGGGUGGACUGACGCGCAAAUCGAGCAAGUUUAGAUGGUCGUCGUAGCUCCCUGUCCAUAUGGUGUAAGGAUGUGCACUGUUCCAAGAUGGUGUGGCAGUCAGCACUGAGACAAUUCCUGCGUCAUGUAAGCGGUCUGUUUUCCAGACGGGGAAGUCUGCCAUUCUGUUGUCAUGUGCGAUCAGGUUUCUAUCGUCUCCCCCUGAAAAUAUAACGUCUUGCAAGCCGUCAAAACAGCCAAACGUGGAAAACCAGCAUUCUAGGUCAUGAGUCGUGUCGAAGUUCCUUUGGUUUAUUUUCUCGCCCAGUGUGACAACAGAACAAACUCCUGUUGUGGUGCUCAGUGUGAGCACGUUUGGUCUUGUUGGAUGAAAGUUGGCUGCGGUUAUUAGCGUAGUUUCUUCAUAUGCCUGAUAAUUUAAGGUCUCUCUCAAAUGCAGAUGAUCGUCUGUUAAUUUCCAUAUUUUCAGGUUUCCUGUUGAGUGGACACUAAUCAGCCGCGAUUCGUCAAAGGGGUCGAACUUGAGGUCCAGGAUCGCCGAUCCUGCUGCGAUCUCGUUUACCUUCUGCAGCGUUUGCGUGCAUUUCCAUAUUUCGAUUGUUCCGUACCUUUGGUUAUCUUUCACAAGCUUGUAUGUACCGAUAUAGAAGGCCGUUGGGUCUGACGGGUGAAUGCGGAGCGCACAGGGAGGCAACGAGGCCUUAUCAACGAGACGACGU